ACAUUUUUCUCUGGGAAGUUGCGAGCACACAGGAAAAACUAAAUUUUCUUCUGGUCACUUUCACCCCGUUCUUUGGCCGGUCUUACGGUAUCUUAACAAAUACUUGAAAAGAUCAACCGUCAAUAUGAAUGGACAUCAGUUCACGUAUUCGUCCGCGCCGCUUAGGCGAGUUAAAUAUGUACAGUUUGGGAUAUUAUCACCAGAAGAAAUAAAACAAAUGUCGGUCGCCCAAAUUGAACAUCCUGAAACCAUGGAUGAAAGUAGCCCUCACCGACCUAAACAAGGAGGUUUACUGGAUCCUCGUAUGGGUACAAUAGAUAGAAAUUAUAAGUGUCAGACGUGUGGUGAAGGCAUGUCCGAAUGUCCCGGACAUUUUGGUCACAUCGAACUGUGUAAGCCUGUUUUUCACAUAGGGUUUUUGCCCAAAGUAAAAAAGAUCCUCGAGUGCAUUUGCCUAAAUUGUUCCAAGCUAAAGACAGACGAUUCGAAUGCCAAUUUCGUUCAAGCACGUAAGAUUCGUGAUCCAAAGCGUCGACUCAUAGCUGUGUGGGACAUCUGUAAAAAUAAAUCGUCAUGCGAACGUGGUGAAGAUCCGGAACAGGAUGCGGACAAGAACUCGGAUUACGAAGAUUAUGUUCAUACGACUGUUCAGAAACCGACGGAUAAAAAGACCGACGAAGAGCUAGGUUUAGUUAGAAAAAAGAAACCCCACGGAGGUUGCGGCCAUAAACAGCCAACCAUCCGUAAGGAAGGUUUGAAACUUUAUGUGAAUUAUAAAAGUAAAGAUGAGGAUCAGUCGGCGCAAGAUACAAGAAAACUUCUUACUCCCGGUGAAGUGCACCUUAUUUUCAAAAAGAUCAAUCCCCAAGAUCUUCGUGAUAUGGGAUUAAAUGCUGAAUACGCUAGACCGGACUGGAUGAUUAUAACUAUACUUCCUGUUCCUCCACCGCCCGUACGUCCCAGUAUAUUAAUGGACGGGACGGGUCGUGGUGAAGAUGAUUUAACUCACAAGCUGGCGGACAUUUUGAAAGCCAAUCAGAACGUGAAACGAUAUGAGGCUGAAGGUCACCCUGCGCAUGUUGUCAAUGAGUUUGAAGCUUUGUUACAGUUUCACUGUGCCACUUACAUGGACAACGAAAUGGCAGGUCAACCGCAGGCGCUCCAAAAAUCGGGAAGACCUCUGAAGUCGAUACGUGCACGUCUUAAGGGAAAGGAAGGACGUUUGCGCGGAAAUCUAAUGGGAAAACGCGUGGAUUUUUCGGCACGCACAGUUAUCACCGGUGAUCCAAAUAUUUCGGUCGAUGAAGUUGGCGUCCCCAGAAGUAUAGCUCAAAACUUAACCUUCCCAGAAUUGGUUACCCCGUUCAACAUUGAUAAUCUUCAGAGGCUGGUGGAAAAUGGCCCUACCGAGCACCCGGGCGCUAGGUACGUGAUUAGGGAUACUGGUGAAAGAAUUGAUCUUAAGCACAUUUCGGGCAUGAGCGGAGGUUUACGAUUACAAUACGGUUGGAGAGUUGAACGUCAUCUUUCUAACGGUGACAUCGUCAUAUUUAACCGUCAACCAUCGUUGCACAAGAUGUCGAUGAUGGGUCAUAGGGUUCGUGUGAUGCCUUAUUCAACUUUUCGUCUUAACUUAUCCGUCACGACGCCUUACAACGCCGAUUUUGAUGGUGACGAAAUGAACAUGCACAUUCCGCAAUCUGUGGAAACCAAAGCCGAAAUUUCAGAGAUUUGUAUGGUUCCCAAGCAAAUUGUGUCCCCUCAGUCAAAUAAGCCCGUUAUGGGUAUCGUUCAGGAUACUUUAUGCGCCGUUCGAAAAUUUACCAAGCGUGAUUGUUUUCUAUCUAAAGAUUUGGUUAUGAACAUUUUGAUGUGGGUUGCGGACUGGGAUGGUCGCCUUCCAAUACCGUGCAUCUUAAAACCGAUCCCUUUGUGGACGGGCAAGCAAAUUCUGAGCAUGAUUAUCCCCAAGGGCAUAAAUUCUGACAAUCUUAGGCAUUCAGCUCAUCCCGAUAACGAACGUUCAGAUAUUUCCCCCGGAGAUACUAAAGUUUUGAUAGAGGAUGGUGAGUUACUUUGCGGUAUUGUUUGCAAAAAGACCGUUGGUACUUCACAGCAAGGUCUGGUGCACGUCAUAAUGCAGGAGUUGGGGCCUGAAAAAGCAAAGGACUUUUUAAAUGGUUGUCAGGCCGUGGUCAAUCAAUGGUUGUUACAGAAUGGGUUCAGUAUUGGUAUAGGUGACACGAUCGCUGACAAAGAUACAAUGGAGACAAUCACUCAGACGAUUAGUAACGCAAAGAAUAAUGUGGCGGAAAUUAUCGUGAAGGCGCAACAAGGCAAUUUGGAUUGCUCGCCGGGUAUGACCAUUCGAGAGACAUUUGAAAAUCAGGUUAACAAAGCACUGAACACUGCUCGUGAUUCUGCUGGUCGAAGCGCGGAGAAAAGCUUGAGAGAAGACAACAAUGUCAAACAGAUGGUGGUCGCUGGCUCAAAAGGUUCUUUCAUCAAUAUAUCACAGAUGACAGCUUGUGUCGGACAACAGAAUGUUGAAGGAAAACGUAUUCCCUUUGGGUUCAAGUUCCGUACCUUACCUCAUUUCACAAAGGAUGAUCAUAGUCCUGAAAGUCGUGGUUUCGUCGAGAAUUCCUACCUUCGUGGGUUGACACCACAAGAAUUUUUUUUCCACGCGAUGGGUGGUCGUGAAGGUUUAAUCGAUACGGCCGUAAAAACUGCCGAAACUGGUUACAUUCAACGUCGUUUGGUAAAAGCUUUAGAAGAUGUGAUGGUCAAGUAUGACGGUACAGUUCGUAAUUCGCUAGGUGAUAUCGUGCAAUUCUGCUACGGAGAGGAUGGAAUGGAUGCAUGUUUUGUUGAACCACAGUCUUUCGAAUCUCUGACGAUGACGAAUGAGGAGUUUGACAACAAAUACCUUAUCGAAGUUACUAAAGACGACGUCAAAGAUAAGGAGAAUGAGAAUGAUCAGCGAGAUGAUGAAGCUGCUGAACCUAGGAGGCCGAAGACAGCGCAAGAUUUGGUAAAGGAGAAAAUAAUUGAGGAGUACAAUCAACUGAGCCGGGAUCGUAAGAUGUUACAACAGUACAUAUUUACCGAGGGUGAUAGUAAGUGGCCGCUGCCGGUCAACAUCAAACGUCUCAUAAAGAACGCACAGCAAAAGUUUAAUAUCAGACCUUCGCGCAGGACGACCAGCGAUCUACAAUUCAUAGACGUCAUAAACAGCGUGGAGGAGGUCAUAACCAAACUGGAGGUGGUUAAGGGUAGUGAUCAGAUUAGCAUCGAAGCUCAAUCAAACGCUACCAUGUUGUUCAAAAUUUUAUUGAGGUCGUGGUUAGCGAGUCGGCGGGUGAUCGAAGAAUUCCAUCUCAAUUCUCAAGCAUUGAAAUGGGUGUUGGGUGAAGUUGAAGCAAGAUUCCGAAAGGCCCUUGUUGCUCCGGGUGAAAUGGUCGGAACCAUUGCUGCACAAUCUAUAGGAGAACCUGCGACGCAGAUGACUCUGAACACUUUCCAUUAUGCUGGUGUGUCCAGUAAAAACGUCACCCUUGGUGUGCCUCGUCUCAAGGAAAUCAUCAACGUCGCCAAAAAUAUAAAGACGCCGUCGGUUCACAUAUACUUGAUAGAAGAGUGUGCCGGUGACAUGAAUAGUGCCAAGGAAAUUCAGAGUAUGAUCGAAUAUACCACACUAAAGACCGUGACGCAACGCACGGAAAUUUGGUAUGAUCCCAAAAUUCAAAGCUCUGACAUAGAAGCGGACAGGGAAUUUGUGGAACUAUACUACCAGAUGGAAGAUGAUGAGAUGACCAAUGGUUACCAGUCUCCCUGGGUUUUACGAUUUGAACUUAAUGAGAUGGCUAUGCUCGAUAAAAAAUUACAUAUGGACACAGUUGGAAACAAGAUACAGGAAAAUUUCUCGGCCGACAUUCAGGUAAUAUGGAGUGAUGACAAUGCUGAAAAUAAGGUCAUACGUUGUCGUAUUAAGAUUGAAUCCGGCAAGGAUCACACCGACGAGGUCGGAAACAGAAUUGAAGAAGACGUGUUUUUGAGACGCGUUGAAAACAAUAUGCUUUCAAACAUCGGUCUGAGUGGAAUCAAGAAUAUAAAACGUGUAUAUUUGACUGAUAGUCAGAAAACGCGUAUCUCCGUCGAUGACUCUGGAAAAAUUGUUAAGGGCAACGAAUGGAUUCUUGAAACCGAUGGUACGAACCUACUAGAGGUGCUCAAUGUGGAAAAUGUAGAUCACAGACGUACCUACUCCAACAACUGUGUUGAAAUCAUGGAGGUUCUGGGAAUUGAAGCGACAAGAGCUGCUUUGUUGAAGGAACUUCGCGGAGUAAUAGAAUUUGACGGUUCCUAUGUAAACUAUCGUCAUCUGGCACUUUUGUGUGAUGUAAUGACAUCCCGUGGUUACCUGAUGGCUAUCACUCGGCACGGGAUCAAUCGAGCGGAAACUGGUGCCUUGAUGAGGUGUUCCUUCGAAGAGACAGUUGAAAUUCUCAUGGAAGCGGCAGCAGCUGGAGAGAUUGAUGAUUGCAAAGGGGUCGCGGAGAACAUCAUGCUCGGCCAAGUCGCACCCUUGGGCACCGGUGAAUUUGACGUAUAUCUUGAUCAAGAAAUGCUGAAAACAACUGCACCUUCGAUAGAAGGACAAAACAAAUCGAUAUCUUUUGAGACUCGUCGUACAACAGGAGCCAUGACUCCUUCACACAUACCAAUGACACCAUUUACGAUCGGAAGUCACACUCCGGCGUAUAUGAUGUCUCCCUCGUAUGGUAGUAAAUCUCCUCAGUAUUAUGCACCUACAUCCCCAGCAUUUUCACCGGUGCUCGAACCCACGGGCUCUAAGGCUAUCACAGUCGGACAGAAUUACCCAUGGUCAAGCCCGUAUAAUUCAAGCAGUCCCGCUUAUGGUCCAUCUUCACCACAGUAUUCCCCGAGUUCGCCUUCUGCGGCACCUUUUGCACACUCUCCGGCUCCUGCGUUUACUCCGCAGAGCCCCGCUUACAGCCCCACAAGUCCGUCUUAUUCUCCUACAAGUCCACAGGCAAGUUAUGGCCUUGGUAACAUGCCCAAUGCAACACCCUCGAAUUAUAGACCGACGACCAGUCCCACGUACUCGCCUACCAGUCCUUCAUAUUCACCCAACUCUCCAAGCUACUCUCCAACGUCUCCAAGCUAUACGCCCACCUCUCCUAAUUAUACACCUACCUCUCCAAAAUAUUCACCCACCUCUCCAAAUUAUUCACCCACCUCUCCAAGUUAUUCACCAACAUCACCUAAUUAUACACCGACGUCGCCAAGAUAUUCUCCCACAGCAACGGCCCAGCAUUAUUCACCCACAUCGCCAAUUUAUUCGCCAACGUCUCCAACAUACUCGCCAACAUCCCCUCAUUACUCACCUACGUCACCUUCGUAUUCCCCAACCUCGCCUGUAUAUACACCAUCAUCACCGAGUGCAACCAAUUACGCAUCAACUGUAAACUCCACGUAUAGUCCAGUGUCAUCUAUAGGUACCGUUCAGAGUGGUAUGGCAUCAGCGACGUAUAGUCCUACAUCAGUGGUUAGCCACUCAACAAUCAAUUCUGGCUCUCCAGCAUCACCACGAUAUAGCCCUACGUCACCUGCUUAUUCACCGUAA